UUUUCGUAGGAGCCUAGCUCGCCUCCGUUUUCCUCUAACGGUCGCCUCGCUUGAAGGCGCGGGAUUGUUAAUCUGAGUGGCAGGUCUUCUAUCCCAAUGUAAAUUCGCCGUUUUUCCCUUCACAAGUUUCUUCAGCUUCUGCUCUCGUGUGGACCUUUCCUUUCAGUGUUUCUUUCAAAUGUCUGUCAGCAUGCGUGUGAACGGCGCGGCUAGUCCCUCGUUGGCGUCUACAGGAUGUAGUUCAAGCGGGGCCCGAAUGAUGCUCAGCGAUCAUGUAUCGGUUGUGAUAUAUUUCGUCGUGCGGAACGAUGUACGUUUUUUGCUGAAUGUGCCUUCGAAUAGUGAUAAUUCAUUCUGGGUUCCGAACUCACGGGUUGCCGUGCCGGAUUCGGGAUGGUUGAAAACUGCCGAGCGAAUUUUGCAUGAACUCGGAUGCGACGCCCCGAGUCAGAGGCCGGAUACUGCCAGAAUUACUCGAAUAUCCUUGCCUGCCGUACACGUGAGCCAACAAACUAUAUCGCAUGUGACUUUCGCCGUGAAGCUCAUGGACACGGAAGCGGCGCAAAUCAUGAUCGGCAGGAAUCUGAAGUGGCUGUCGAUCAACGAAGUGAUGGACACCUGGACACAGUUUUGGGGCCUCUUCGGUGGCGGACCACCAGGAAGUUCUGCGGCUUCUAAUGCAGGUGUAUCAAUGGCUAUCCGAUCCGUCCAGGAUGAAUUACUCCAUGUGAUCCAGGGUGUCGUUGACGCUAACGGAAACAACCCUGCCCCAGUAGUUCAAGAACUGCACUUUAGUGACGUGUUAGUCGGCUUGGGCGUGGAUGCCGCGAGGUUACCCUUGGUAGAGAGUGCAAAUCUGUUUGAGUUUGAACAAGAAGUUCUCCACCAGGAAUUUCUCAUGAGAACGUUUCCAUUCCCGAAGCUGAAGCGCCCGGGAUAUUGUCAGUUUCUUAUUGAGUGGGGCUGGGCGAAAGACCAGAUUCAGCCCAUGUUCCGCGCCUCAGAUGCCAGUGGGUUUGGUGCUUUGUCAUUUCGAGACUUCGUCGUUGCUGUUGCGGCCACGGCUCCUUCAGCACAACACGGAGGUCCGUGCGGGGAAGCCCGAUGUCGAUAUAUAUUCAGAUAUUACGAUGCGAAUGAAGAUGGAUUCCUGGAAUUCAGCGAAUUCAAAAGCAUGGUGACGGACAUUCAUCGCCUGAAAAAUCUAAGCACGGCAGUGGAAGACGUCGAACGGGCUGCGCAUGCUUCUUUUCUAGUUUUCGAGCCCGAAAACCCCAAAGUCUUGUCCCUUUCCGAGUUUCUCUAUGGAGUCGGUCAACUGAAAUUCCGGGGCACUUCUGUGCUUCUUCGCGCUCCUCGCCCUGUCAUGGAUUUCCUUCAAACCGUUUACCAAGACGUCGUGGACGUCAACGAGAAAAGUGCGUCGGAUCUCAACUUCAACACAGUGCAAUCCGGCGACGACGUUGGCAACAACAGGAGCAGAAAAACGCGUUAUGACAACGUUCGAGUUCUAACCCCUGGGGACGAAUUGCAGCAAGGCUACGAAUUGGCAGCACAUUCAGUCAAAGUCCGCAGCGGAUCCAUCAUUAACGUAAUGACUCUCUGGGAGUAUCAAGGCACGGAAACCCUGAAGGAAACCGGAGUCGAGCACCUGGGUCUAAAUCGUAUCCAUUCGACUGAUACUUUCAACAAGACCUGGCCACCGAACGUGAUGAUAGCUUCUCUGAAAUUCUUCGAAGGCAACACGCAUUCAAUGAUGUUUCCGUACGGUGUGACGUGUUCCAGUGAAACCCCGAAGCAGAAAUACACUUGGGGUUCAUACGACAGGAUCCAGCUCGGCAAGAACCUGAUUUACAUUGCCAACACGGCUCGGAAAUUAUUCCUGCACGAGCCUCGAAUGGUACAAGUGCGGAGUCCUGCGUAUAUUCUAGGAGACAUUCACGGGAAUUUCCAUGAUCUCACGUGCUUUGAGAAGGUGUUCUGGCACCUGGGACCCACACUGACCCCCGCGAAUAUUCUUUUCCUCGGAGAUUACGUUGACCGAGGCAACAUGGGUGUCGAAGUGGUGGCGUAUUUGUUGUCACACAAGGUCGCGGCGCCGGAGAAGUUUUUCUUGUUGCGAGGCAACCAUGAGCUUCGGAGUGUGCAGAAGAUGUUUCAGUUUCACGACCAGUGUUUCUCUUUGUUUGGGCCGACACUUGGACCCGAAGUGUGGGAAGCGAUCAACAGUGCUUUCGACGCGAUGCCACUUGCUGGACUGAUCGACAAAAAGAUCUUGUGUCUUCACGGCGGCAUUUUCCCGAAUGAAUACGGCGGUGGUCUCGUGGAUGCGAUAAAUACUAUCCCUGUGCCUUUGUCUGACCCGGAAAAGGAGUCUCCGUUGGCGUGGGAAAUUAUGUGGAAUGAUCCCGCGCAUGAGCAAGCCUUGACUGGGAAUGGACUGAUGUCGUUGAAGUUGAAUGCGGGUUUUGCGCCGAAUGUUCGGCGAGGAACUGCGCAUGUGUUUUCUCAGGCCGCGUUGCAGGCUUUUUUGGAAAGGAACAAGUUGUCGCAUGUGAUCCGGGCGCAUGAGGUUCAGCAGGCGGGGUUCCAAUUGCAUCAGAAGGGACGGCUGUUGACUGUGUUUAGUUCGUCGCAGUAUUGUGGGUACUCGAACGAAGCUGCUUGCGUGUUUGCGGAGAACAAUCGGUUGAGAAUCAUCCGCUUGGACACGUCUUGAAGAGUGGAGUUUUAAGUGCCGGUGUACUUUUUUUUGGUGUUCGAUAGGAAAUUUUGAUCUCUUUUUUUCUCUCUACUGUGAAGCGUAUGUUGUGUUCGGAAAUCUGAAAAGCUUUGUACCGCAUGA